UCAACAUCCCUACGACAGUGAGCCCGAACUCCCCCCUCAUCGUCGAGUCUUCGUACGAGCCACGGAGCAGCGCCUCACGGUGGUAGAUCUUGUACGCCAUAUGAUGCUAAUCACGGAGCAAAGCUCGGAAACUGGGCCAGCAAUGCUACAGCAGCGCAUGUGCUUGCUUAGGCAAUUUUUUCCGGGCAUGCCGAGAGAUCCGCUUACCGCGUUGAAGGGACUCACGGAGUCGUGGAACAUCGUGUACACCGUAAUGGGAGAUGGCGUUUACUGGCAUCGGGGUUUAGAAGCUGGAAUACGCGCUAAUAUGGCCAACGACACCACAAAGGUGAAAUUUGACAUCCAUAUCAAUGCGACUCCCCUGCCGCAGCCGACAAAUCCCUUAUUGGCGACUUGGACGAUCCAAGCAAGAUUACACGAGGGCACAAAACCACCCGGUGACCCUUUCGUCGUCGGUGUGUUUUGUGGCGAUUCUCUGCCACCAUUUGUGGACUUCUUGCGUCCGCUCUGCGAAGAGGUGAGAUCUUUAUGCACCACCUAUGACGACGGACACAUACUGCUGACCAUCAAACCCCGAGCUGUGAUGGCUGACGCUACCGCACGGGCGUAUAUAAAAGGAACUAAACAUCAAUACGGGCUUUACGGCUGCACAAUUUGCUGCAUUACAGGAGUAUUCGUUACUGAAUUUAACCUAGUUACGUUCAACGGGAUCAGUAUACCACGGACACAUACUCUUUUUACAGGUCGAUACUACGACACUACGCAUCGGGUUUCGGAGCUAACCAUGACGCCUUUGGCGAGGAUGCCCAUCGAUGUGAUAAAAGAUGUCAUUGUAGGUGAUAACAGACAUCUGUUGCACAUAGGUAUUGCCAAAACCUUGUUCUUUGGCUAUGCCGAGGGGUAUGGUAGACUGAAUGCUAUGGAGGCACACCUUAUACCAUCUUUGGAGAACGCGUUGUUUAACGUCCGGUUUCCACAUGAAAGGAAACCGCGGCAGUUUGGACAACUUAAGAAGAUUUGA